UCCCCCAUCGUCUGUUCGUCACCUCCUCCUCUGUCUGACGCAGCAGGGCGGCGCCGGCGCGCCAGCCAGCCAAAGGCCAUGGCGAUGGCGGCCUGCUCCGUCCGCCUCCUCGCCGCCGCCGCCGCGCACCGCAGCACCAGCGCCGCCGCGGUCCGCCAGACGCGACGUCGACCCGUCGCGUGCUCCUCCCUCUCGUUCCCGCCCGGUGGCCGUGGCCCGUCCUCCUCUAUCCGCGCCAGCUUCUCCUCCAUCUCCCUCCCCUCCUCCGCGCCCUUCUUCAACCUCCUCCCGCCAGACUCCGACCCCUUCAUCCAGUGGGACCCGCCGCCGCCGCAGGACGCGUCCAUUCACUCCGGCUCCGGCGGCGUCGGCGGCGGCCGAGGGGACGAGGAGGGAUCCACGCUGGUGGUUCUGCUGGGCUGGCUGGGCGCGCGGCAGAAGCACCUGCGGCGGUACGCGGACCUGUACCGCGGGCGCGGGGUCGGGUCCGUGCGGUUCGUGGUGCCCGUGCGCGAGCUCGUCGGGCUCGACCUCGGCCGCCGCGUCGAGCGCAGGGUCGCCGACCUCGCCGCCGAGAUCGCCGCCUGGUGCGACGCCGACCGCCGCCGCACGCUCCUCUUCCACACCUUCAGCAACACCGGCUGGCUCGCUUACGGUGCAGUACUUGAGAAUCUACAAUCAAGGGCUGAUAUAAUUGAGAGGAUAAGGGGAUGCAUUGUAGACUCUGCACCAGUUCUAGAGAUAAGACCGGAGGUCUGGGCUGCUGGGUUCUCUGCUGCCAUGCUGAAGAAAAGCAGUUCUUUGACAGGACCUUCAUCUGACUUUCUUGAUGGAUCUACUUUGAAUGGUGCCUUGAACAAAGUGAAUUCUGUCUCUGAGUUGACGAGACCAUCAUGGGGUGAAACUUUUCUUCUGUCAACUCUACAGAAGUUCUUUGAGAUUGUCCUUCACCUACCUGACGUAAACCAGAGACUACGCAAGGUCCUCGCUGUCCUCUCGGAGAAGCAGCCGUCCUGCCCCCAGUUCUACCUGUACAGCUCGGCCGACAGGGUGAUACCGGCAGAAUGCGUGGAGAGCUUCAUCGGCAUGCAGAGAUCGCGGGGGCUGAGCGUCUCCGCCUACGACUUCGUCUCCUCGCCUCACGUGGACCACUACCGGAGCUUCCCGCACCUCUACUCCGCCAAGAUCGACGAGUUCCUCAAGAUCUGCUCCCCAGCUAGGGUAUGACCGACAAUGACGACGACACGGUGAUAGUGAUUUAUCUUUUCGCUAACAAGGUGGUUGAGCAUUUUCUUGGAAGGGAGUUGUAGUCUGGUUGUAUUUUUUUGAACGUCAUGUAUGUUCUUUAGGGGGGGCGCAUAUGAUGCAGUAAGAUGGUUAUAUAUUUGGGUGUUUGAAGAAUGAAGAGUGCGGAAAUAGCCAGAGGUUCCAUGUGAGCUUCAUCUGUUUGAAUCCAAGCAACUCUUGAUGGCAUCCUGAUUCCUGAACGAUUGAUUAUAUUAGUACCCAUUUCUUAUUCUUA